CCCUUUCUAGCAUAAGCCCCAUUGCUCUUCACUUCUCUCACCGCCCAUUCGCAAUAAAUGUAUUUAUGGCCGACCCCAUCAGCUGACACCCCAUUAAUCUCUCCACCCAUUUAGUACUCCCCCUUCUGCCAAACUGCCUCAGAUUCACCUGCAACAGUUGUUCUUCCUUCCUCUUCUUCUUCCUCUUGCAGUACAGAACACAGAGAUCUGUCUACGGUGUUGCUCAGUCCUUCAUACUAAGGGCGUUUCUCUUCUUUCUUGUGGUCUCUCUUUAUGCUGUUGCUUGGACGGAGAUCAAAACAUGGACUUGGUCUUGUAUGAAAGUAUCAAAGGACGGAGCAUUCUGUCUCCAGUUCCCCUCCAAUUAGCUUUCCUACCACCACCGCCACCUCCUCCUAUUGUUAACUUCGAGAACAGGAUUACUCCUAGUAUCCUUCUCAUAAUUGUCAUUUUAGCAGUCAUCUUCUUCGUAUCUGGUCUUCUCCACCUGCUCGUGAGAUACCUCCUCAAGCCUAACGACAGGGAACCGGAUGCUAUAAGCAAUGUCACAGUCUUCCAAGGCCAACUCCAGCAGCUCUUCCAUCUCCACGACGCAGGGGUGGAUCAGUCCUUCAUAGACUCUCUUCCUGUCUUCAACUACAAAUCCAUUAUAGGCCUCAAAGAUCCCUUCGAUUGCGCCGUGUGCCUCUGCGAAUUCGAGGCUGAUGACAAGCUCAGGCUACUCCCCAAGUGCAGCCAUGCUUUCCACUUGGAAUGCAUCGAUACUUGGCUGCUGUCCCACUCCACUUGUCCUCUUUGUCGAAGGUGCCUCCUCCUUGACUUCUCCCAUAACGACAGUCGCCGUCCUGUAGUCCUCGUUCUCGAGUCUAGCAGUGAGAGUUCCAGAGAGAUUGCAUCUGAUAGGGGAGAACAUGGGCCAAGUCCUAACAUUGGUCUCCCUGGAGAUGAUGAUGGCUUACGGUCUUUGAUCAACGAUACAUCACAGAAGCCGGAGGAAAUCGCAGCAGAGGAGGAGGUCGGGUUGGGGAUCUCAGUUGCUGAGGUUGCAGAAGCAAAAGUAGUGCCUGUCAAGCUCGGAAAAUUCAGGAGGUUGGAUAUCGGCGGAGGUCAAUGUCAAGGCACUACCAGCGGCAAUAGUGGUUUGGAUCAAAGGAGGUGUUUCUCCAUGGGUUCCCGCGAGUAUGUGAUGGAUGACAGAUCUUUGCUUCGAGUUGCUAUAAGGCCAACCAAGAAGAAGCCAGCUCUCAAGAAGUCCAUCCACCGGGUUGCGAUGUCAGAAUGCGAUUGCCACUCGAAAAGAGAUGGAUUCAGCGGGUUUGAUGCAUCAAGAAGAAUGGAGCUCGGAGGUGAUGAUGGUAAUGCAAGCAUGAGUGCCAAUCUCCACAAGAAGGAAAGUUUCUCGGUCUCAAAGAUCUGGCUACGAUCAAGAACGGACGAGCCGAUUGCUGAGGACGCAUCAAGGCGGGCUUUCUCUUUCCGGUUGCCACUUGGCAUGGCAGACAGAGAUGAACGGAAACUGAAGAAGAGUGUCAGCACAGUCACAGCACCAUCGGAGUUCCAAAGCCGGAGUGAUCUGGAUCUGGAGAUGGAUGCUGGGAGCUGCAACAACAGUGUAGUAUCAAGGGCGGAUGAAACACCUUCAUUCGCAAGAAGAACUUUGCUCUGGAUCGUAGGGAGACAGAACAGGAUAGGAGACCAUCUCUGAUGUCCAUCUUUAGCCAAUUACUUGUUCCUCGGAUUGCUACAAUUUCUCAAGUGAUCAAAGAAGAAGAAGAAGCUAAAGAUAGACCAUUUCUAUAUGGUUUUUGUGAUUAUUCCUGUUGGAAUUUAUUUAGAGAUUCAUCAAUGUUCUUUCAUGUAGUUAUAGUAUCAUGAGUGUCUUCUACUUCCCUCCCCUUUCAAGUGUUUGAGAGAAGUUGAGAAGAGAAGGAAACUUCAUGUCCAUGUUCACAUGUCAAUGUAUUUCCAGGAAGAAUAAUGUACUGCCUCGUGAAAGAUUUCA